AACCACCUGACUUGAACGCCACCUUCCAUGUCCGAAUACUGGAAGUCUACGCCGUCAUACUGGUGCAAGUUUUGCUCGCGCUAUGUACGCGACACGGCCGUCGAGCGCAAGAGCCACGAAAGCUCCGCACAACAUCAGAACAACAUCCAGCGGAGUUUGCGAGAACUGCACAAAGGCAAAGAGCGCGAGGAACGGGACAAGCAGCGCGCUAAAGAUGAAGUUCGGCGUUUGAAUGGACUUGUUGGCGGGCAGACGACUGCAAGAACGCCGCCGCCGCCGGUGAGCGCGUCGCCCGAUGUCGCGCGAACCAGCAAGCUUGCGCCGUCCACGACGGCGGCGACGACCGCGCAGCAAAGGAUAGCACAUGCUGAGCAGCUGGCGGCCAUGGGGGUGGAGCUGCCUGAAGAUCUCAAAAAGGCAAUUACGGGGGUCGGCUCGUUCGAGCUCGUGGCCGCGCAGGAAGUAGACGCGACACCCACUGAUGCUGUGACUGUGCACCGCUCGCUUGCAGAUAUCCUCGCCCAAGAACGGCAGGAACAGAGCGGCAUCAAGGCGGAAACAGUAGAGGGGGAGCACGUCGGCGAGAAGUCGCAGAGCGCCGGCGUGAAGCACAAAGCCGACGACGGCGACGACGAUGAGCAUGACCCGCGGGACGAAGACGCAGCACCGAAGCGCCGCAAAGUUUGGGGAAGCGCCACCAAGGCAUACCCCGGCAAGGCGGAAGAAGUCGAUGUUGGAGAUUUGGACGCGUUGCUAGGUCGAGUGAAGCCAACCGUCGGAAAGGUAGAAGAUGGCGAUGAGGUCAAGCAGGAAGAGGGACUGCCGGGGAAAUCUCUCAGCGAAGUCCCAGACCUCAUUGGGAAUGCAACAGUGGCAACGACAGAGACAGAAGCUCCUGCAACGUCCACGGUGAUGUUCAAGAAGAGGAAGGGCAAGAAGUAAGUGCUUCUGGAACCAGGAGGCGAGUCGUCUUGUUCCGAUAUCCGCAACAUGCAUGAGUACUCGGUCAGGAUCUGCCGGAAGCGCUCCAUUCUGGAUCAGAUGAAUCCAGCAUUUCUACCUGCUGCGUCCAUGUGCUCAGGAAGGUACUUGGAGCUUGAGGUACCUACUACUGGUCGGUAUUGCUACUGCGCACACUGAAUGGGUAGCAUGCACAUCUAUUCACUCCGUCGCCGCCAAAAGUGCAAGCCGCUCAGCGCGCUCAGCGGGUAGAGCGAGCCGGAGUCCAAAUUACGCGACCGCGGAGAGGCACGUGGAGCCCAGGCUUCCCAGACAACCGCGCUAGCAGAUGACUGAUGUUCAUCAACGGCAAACACGUCAAGUGCAUGUGGCGUAUCCCGACUGUGAAGCCGUUUCACGUCUCGCAUCCCGUAAGAUGGGAUGGCCAGUCUUCGCCUGAGCUCAAGAUUCGAUGCCAGCGCAUGCUCAAGGCACUCGAAGGAUGCCGACUACAUGUACUUUAAGAUGCGAUGGCUGACCUUACUCAUGCCUCGCUCCAGAGAGUCCAGACGAACUCGAAGAGCUGAUUACUAACAAGGUACAGGUUCACAUGGAUGUUUACGUGUAUCUAUUUUGGGCUUGACUUGUCAUAUCAUUGCGUCACGGCUGCGGGUAGGGCAGGUCACCGUACCUAUGAGGCUAUGAGGUAGUGUACGUACCUAGGGUUCUUUGCGAAAUGUACUAUUUUUGAGUAUUUUCAGGGCGACCAGGUACAUACAGGUAACGUUCGUGCAUUACCUUAUUGUAUACGGACUGGGUCAAGUACGAGUCGCACCUGAGAAUAAAUGUCUUGGCAACAUCUUACUCGUAUCGUGCGACGUGGACAGAUCACCCGCUACGCAUAAUCCCAGCUUCCGCCGAUGAUUAUCCUAGAUGGUGGAAGACGCGGCGGCGCAUCCAGAAUAUAUAUAAGGUCCUCUUGUGUACCCUACGUUAACUUUCGACAUCUUACUCAAACAGCCUCAACAGCCCAGCAAUACCUUCACAACCCUCCACAAGCCUCCUCAACCCUCCACAACCAUCCACAACACUCACCGCGUGCCCAACAACAUCCACGAAUCCACCAUAGCCAUCAACAAGAUGUACGGCGCACUUACACUCGCACUCGCUGCUCUCGGCGCUGCCGCCCCAGCUUCCUUGGCAUUGGAGGCAAGACAAGCGGGUACCUCGGAGCCCCUUCGUUUCCAGGGCCUUGCGCUUGCUCAGGGUACCCCGAUCGACUCGCAGACCCUCAACGCCAAUGACGGAAAGUUUUCCAUUGGAAGGGCGACGACAACUAGCGGUCCGGAGGCAGGCUCGGGCGUCGAUCCCAGCAAAUUCAAUACCGACCAGACCAUCUUCGCGUACCUCAAUGGCCUCAGCAAGCUGUCGCUUUCUUCGACCGCUUUCCCGGGUGGUCAGCAGGUCUACGUGACUGCGGGCGACGAAUCCAUUGGACAAUUGGCUGGUCAACUGAAGUUCGUGCAAACCAAAGAUGGAGCCACUUCAGGCCCACCUCUCUUCGAUGGAUUCGCAAUCGUCUACGACGGCAAGCUGCAAUUCGAAGGCAAAGACUGGUUCGCUUGUGAGACGGACAAGUUCAACUCGGGCUAUGGAAUUUGGGCCCAGUCUCGCGUGGAGGGAAGCAAUGCUGGUGCAGGCUGCGUUUCCUUUACCUGGAAGGUGCAGCAGGUCGGCGACGAGACUCCGGAUGCUUACCUGUAUGUCAAGUAGAGUGGAAAGGUUACUAUUGCGUUUUGAGAGAGAGGAGGCAAUGUCUUUAGCUGCCGGGUGUAUUUUUUAUUUUGCAUUUGAAGGUGUAUUUUAGCAUUGCAGUCCAGUCUAUCCCAAAAAGUCACCCAGAAUGAAACAGAUGAAUAAAAGCCAAC